GUACGUUGCCGGCAAAUUGGUGGAACGGUGAGGUAGGCGACGGCCCGCUAGCUUCAGGGGAUACCGUGACGUCUAGUAACGGCACAGACGAGCUCGAAACUGGAAGGUGUAACAAAAAGGAUCAUAUCAGCACGGUGUGCCGUUGCUUUUAUAGAUCUCUUAGGCUGACAUAGAACUCUAAUUGCGGCAAGGCAACAUUUCGCGAAACACCGCGGCCGACCUGAUUCAUGAAAAAAAGGUUCCGUGUUUCUUUGCUAUCACUGCGUUCUGAGUGAUUCGACUUGUCCAAACAAUGAAUGAUCUCGAUCUAUCGUCGCCUUCUCGUGCCUACCCAAGUCCAUCUUCUUCGACCUAUCGGCGCGCUGGCAUAUAUCUGGCAGUCUACCCGCUCCGAAAUCUCAUCUGUUUCAUCCGAUUGGAUCUCUCUCGACCUUGUGGCAUUGACUCUUCAACUGUCGCACGCGGCGGAAAUACUGCACCCAUCUUACUCAACCAAUCUUCGUUUUGGGAUCUCACCUAUUUUGAAAGUCGCUCGGUUAGACCCGUCAAGAGACGAGGAUAGACGCUUGUUGCAGGAAUGGCUCAUCAUCCCAUUCUAUCUCAACCGUUGCACUCAGUCGACCCAGAGCGUGGUGUCGUGUUCCCCCCGAUUUAGGGAUAGUCAGAGGGACUUGCCGUCCCUGCAAUGUGACAAUCGGCCCCUCUCCACCAAUCAGGGUCCUUGCUUCCGUCUUCACGAAAGCUUCAAGGAUCAACGUAAGUUUCGGCUGUACAGCAAUCAACUACUUUGCAGGCCCGAAAUAGAUGUCAGGUCAUUACACCGCAGUCCCUACUGGGGGGCUCACUCAAGGUUUUUCCAGAACAGAACCGUAACAAUUCGAGCAUACAUUGCGGCAUAUUUUUUGAAAUCCGCCAUGGUUAGGGUUCUCAUUAGUAGACUUUGAUGGGCCGUAGACUACCAGUCUUCGUCAUACUGCCCUUUUGCCAUGACACCCCGUCAAUAUUAAUGUGUGAUCGCAUCUCCAAGAUCCACGGUCACGGCUAUUUACCUUUUCCUCAAACCCUUACUAAUUUGACUAUUGGAGCG